GGGUCACGUGCCUUUGUUUGGCGCUUUUAUGCUUGUCGCGGCGGGCGGGAGCGGAGUGCGGCCGGAGCGGCGGCGCGGGCAGGACUCCGGCUGAUUGGUGUUCUUGCAGAGUUGGUUUCUGGCAUCAUAUAUUUUGGUCAUGGCUACUUCUGAUAUUCAAGUGAAGGAGCUGGAAAAGCGUGCUUCUGGGCAGGCAUUUGAGCUGAUCCUCAGUCCCCCCUCAAAAGAAGCUGUUCCAGAGUUCCCUAUUUCUCCCCCAAAGAAGAAGGAUGUGUCAUUGGAGGAGAUCCGGAAGAAAUUGGAAGCAGCAGAGGAGAGGCGUAAGUGUCAUGAAGCAGAAGUCCUGAAGCAGCUGGCUGAGAAGCGGGAGCACGAGAAGGAGGUGCUGCAGAAAGCCAUUGAGGAAAACAACAACUUCAGCAAGAUGGCAGAGGAGAAGCUGACCCACAAAAUGGAAGCUAACAAAGAAAACCGUGAGGCACAAAUGGCUGCUAAACUGGAGCGCUUGAGGGAGAAGGACAAGCAUAUUGAAGAGGUUAGAAAGAACAAAGAAGGCAAAGACCCUGGUGAGGCUGAAACCGACUGACUUCAUUCUGGAAACUGACUCUCUCCCCCUCCUCUAAAUAUCCAAAGACUGUACUGGCCAGUGGUUUUCUCUUUGGUUUUGUUUCGGUUCUGGGUUAUUUUCUUUAAGUUUCUAGAAACUGAUGUAGAGCUGUAAAAUUAGAUCCAAACUGUACACUUGGGGGCUAGAGGGGAGACCUUCCAUGUUUCACUUUUCUAAAGUGUUGUCUUUCCAGUGUAGCUAUCUUCUUGUUGCAUCCUUUUCUACUCCAGCGCGCUCGCUGCUGGGUUGAUGGCUAGUACUGUAUCAGCUCUGUAAGACGUUUGUGAAAGGAAUAAGUAAAAUACACUGUUCCAUGCUAAAUAUGUUACACUUCAAAGAUCUGACUCUGUCCCAGUCUGCUACAAUACUGCUGUAACUGAGUGAAUAACUAAAUAAAGCUGCACAGUGCUCUUAUGA